UCAACAGAUAGGGUGGCUCCGCCUCGCCAAGUAAUUCGCCAAUUUGAAAGUCAUUUCGGCCAAUAGUGAGUACUAUUUCCGAAAAAAAAAAAAAACGUUGUAUGUACUAUGAAGUACUGGAAUAAACCGUAAUUUGGAAAAAAUGGAUCUAAUUAAGGUGAUGAAAAAGAGUGAUAUGCAGAAGAUGGCGUAUUCCGCUGCCCAAGAGGAACGCCAGCGAAAACUUCAGGAAUACUUGACUGCAAAAGGAAAGCUGAAGUCCACUACAAAGUUGAAGUCCAAUACAAAGCCAUACUUAAAAGAUAUGAAUACUACAAAGCCAAUAUUGGAAACUACAGUGCGUACUCAGCCUUCAAAAGUGAGUAAAAUGAAAGAAAAUAUGCCACCAAAUAUGCAGAAAGGCAGAUGUGAAGGUAUGCAAGGAAAAACAACACGGCAGAACAGAACUUCUCUGCAGCUGUCAGACUUGAAUGUCAAAAGCCAGCGAACAAAGACUCUAGCCACAUCUGUCCAUUCUUGGAAGCCUGGCAGUGCUACACUAUCCAAACCCAUAAAAUCAGAGCAAACAGAAACGAAGUACAGCAAAGACCAUGGAAUUUUGAAAAAAGAAUGUGCUCUGUUGCAGAUGGUUGCUAAGGAAGAAAACCCAAGGUUUGGGCAAAUUGGUGGUACACAGAAGAAUGCACCUACUGAAAUACUGGUUUGUACUAGUUUAGGAAAGUCGGGCACAAUUUCCACAGAAGCUGCACAACAAACUGGGGAAGGGAAGCAGCCAGGCAACACAUCAGUGUUAACUGCACAGGGUACAUUCAAUCCUAAGCCAUGGAACCAGCCCCUGAAGAGAUCUUCUGUUUCUGAAGGAAUGUGCUUACCUGUGAACAGAUCUGGGAUUGGUCUCCGCAGUCAAGGCCCAGUAAAAGCUAAUACUGAUAGACUGAGGCAAAGCUCAAAGUCCACUCUGAGUGGAAGAACCUCAAUUGCAGAGGCAGAAAUGGUCGCUCUGGCUAAAAAGAAGCGGGAACAAACGUACAGACACGCUACAUUGAACUCUGCUAGGUCUUAUUCAUCUGGACAGCAUACUUCAGGCAGUACUUCCAGGAUUGGUGAAAUGCACAGUAAAACCAUUCCAUCUGGCAAUCGUGUUAGUACCAGCAACAAUGAAAAAAUCAAUGGCAGAAGUUUUCCCUGCAGGCAGCCUGUCACUGGAACCACUACCUCUGUAACAAAAGUGGGUGGGAGGAGUCUUCCAUCUCGACAACAGACUGUUGGGAAUACUACUGGCUCAGCAAAAAAUGGUAGUAAAUAUUGUCCUCCUCAAGAGCCUGUAGGUGGGAGUAAAACCCAUAUUGUAAAAUCAAAUGGCACUUUUCCGUCCAGGCCUCGCAUAUCUGGGAAUGCAAAAAGCUCUAAAAGGGAGCAUGUUGGGAUGGGUUCUGUUAAACAGCACCCAUCUGGGAGUCGUACCAGCUUUGGCAGAGUGAACAGUAAAAGUUUUGUAGGUGUCACCAGGAGCACUAUCAGUGUUGCCAAAUGUGUAGGCACUCAGCAGCCUGUAAAAGCUGCACAGCAAAUUGGUAAAGCAGCUGUGUUUCGUGGGACACAGAGAGAUUUUAAAGUACAAGGACCAUCACUGUCUUCCACAAGAGGGCAUGUCCAGUCUAACUGUGGUCCUACAAGACUUGAAACUGUUGGAGUACAUUCCCAGAAUACUGCUAGCAAGACUUUGAGGUUUGCCAGUGGUGUAUCACAGAUAAACACCCAGGGGGGCUGUGGAGAAAUGACAACACAGGAUUUUACUACAAAGUGCAAGGCUGCAGAGCUUUUGAAUGAUGCUGUGGGGCCAGUGUCCAACUCCGCUACAGCUACCACAGUGCUGCAUAAGCAUCCUGAAGGGGACAGCUGUACUCGCUCCGUACAAGCUCAGGGAGAACAUUGGCUAAAUGAAAGUGGGCAACUUGUAGGUGUUGUGGGACCAGCCACUCCUACAGUUCAGAACCAUGAGGUAAAGGGCUUCCUGAGUGAAAGAGAAAAACGCAGGAAGAAGCUCGAAGAAUGGCUAUCUGCCAAGAAAAAGCAGUAUAAACGCCCUGCAAUGCUGUUACCAACACCAAAGAAAACACCAAGGGCAAAACUCAAUGACUCAUUCUGGGUCAACUUUGAGGAGGACGGGGAUGAGCACUGUAGCUUGGUGGAAAGAAUCAACCAAGUGCUGACUCAGUGCUUAAAACUGAUCCAGCAGGGUGUUCCUUCAGAAAAGCUACUUGGCAUCCUGUCAAGGAUUCCAUCUGCAGAGAAGUUUGCCCAGUACUGGAUCUGCAAAGCUCGUCUUUCAGAACGAGAUGGCUGCUUUGAUAUCGAACUGUAUGAGAGAGCAGUUAAUGCAGGUGCCCAGCCUUGCCUGAAUGUGUAUUUGAUGAAAUUCCAACCUGUGAUUCAGGAGAAGAGGAAGAUGUACCAGUUGCAGUUCAGAAGGCCUCCAAGGAAAAAGUACCAAAAUCCAAUCCCAAGCUGCCUGUUACUCACUCCCGAAUUGCUCAAAAGGGGUCAUCUGUUAUCAAAUUUCAAGUUGGUGUGAUUCCAAGGGUGAAGGAGAGCCCCUUGCCAUCAAUUUCUCAAGACAUGAAGCUUUUAACCCCUGUGCGUCGUUCUUUGCGAAUAGAGAAUGCCUGUGAGCACUAUCCUAAUAUGCUGAAGGAACAUGACCCAGUUAUCACCUGCCUUAAUGAACUUCUUGCUCUGGAGGAAGUGUCUUGCUAUGUAUACAGGAAAAAUGAGGCCUUACCAGAGGAGGAGGAGGAGGAGGAUCCUAAUUCCAAGGUGGAGUGAACUAGUUGUCAUGGACACUUCCCUUGCAGCAAUAUCAUCUGAGCAAACUUUUAAGUUUAUUGGAAUAGGUGUACUUUGUGUUCCUAGCAAAUUGGAUGCUGUUAAUGGACUGUAUAUUCAGCCCUGUUUCUUAGAAGGACGUAUUGGGUGAGUCUGGCAGAGUUACUUGGUGAUUAUCCUCUUUCUGUAGGCUGCUGACAAAAGUAGCACUACUGAAUUUAAGGGAGAAGGGGAAGUAAAACUCAAGUGAGUCUUUGCACAAAAUGAAAAUUUUGGUAAUACAUUCUGCAUUCUGUUGCCAAAAAUGAUCUGUAAUCCUAAAGAAGAAUUAAAAAAAAUUAUUUGGAUGAGUCUGUGCUUUUUAUAUGUAUGUAUGUAUGCGUAAACAAAAGCUGCAAGCACUGUUCACAUGUAUUUAUUUUUGGAAUAAAAUGUAAUAUGAUUAAAUACUAUUCCAAAUUUGCAGUGUACUAUUGCAAUAAAGAAUUCUUUACGUACAUGUUGACACGAUU